GCGCAGUAGGCGGGGCUUAUCCGCACGGCGCGCUUCCUCCCGCCGCAGCUCGCUGUCCAUCAAGGCGCUGCGCCUUCCCAUUGGUCCGCCUUCCCUUCGCCCCGCCCCUUCCCCUGCUAAGCCGCGGGAAGGGGCGUGGCCAGCGCGGCGGACGCGGGACAGGUGAGGAGGGGUCGCGGGGCUGGGGGCUCCGGGCGGGUCUGGGGGCUCCGGGCGGCCCCGCUGACCCUGCCCGCCCCAGCUCCCCUCAUGCCGCCCACCGUGGCCGUCGUGGGCGGCGGCAUCAGCGGCCUGGCCGCCUGCUACCACCUGCUGCGCGCCCCCCGCCCGCCCAAGGUGUCGGAGCUGGGGCUGGCCGGUGACAUCCUGGCUGUCCCCAGGGACCACCCGGCGGCGCGGAAUCGCUUCCUGUACCUGGGGGGGGCCCUGCACCCCCUGCCCUCGGGGCUGCGGGCCGUGCUCCGUGCCUUGCCCCCUAUGUCCCUGUCACUGUGUCCCUGUCCCCAUCCCCAGGUGGCCGAGCUGGCCGUGGACUCUCUGUGCCGGGGGGUGUUUGCCGGGGACAGCCGGGCCCUGAGCGUGCGCAGCUGCUUCCCCGCGCUGUUCCAGGCCGAGCGACGGCGCGGCUCCGUGCUGCUGGGGCUGGCACUGCCACACGGUGGGACCCUGGGGACACUGGGGACACUGCUGGGGCUGGCAUCUGGCGGGCACAGGGGCAGAGGGACACCACGGGGACUCCCAGGUGCCACCCCUUGGACGGGGCUGAGACAGGGGACACCGUGGGGACACUCCUGGGCUUGUGACAGCAUGGGGACACUCCUGGGCUGGGGCACACGGGGCUGGGGACAGCUGUCCCCGCUGUGUCCCCAGCUCACGCUGCCCGAUGCCACCCUCACUGCCGAUCACGUUAUCAGCGCCCUGCCGGCCUCAGCGCUGGCGCGGGCGCUGCCGGCCGAGGCGGAGCCGCUGGCGCGGGAGCUCCGGGCGAUCCCGGCCGCCUCCGUGGCCGUGGUCAACCUGCAGUACGAGGGGGCCGCGCUGCCCGUCACGGGUUUUGGCCACCUGGUGCCAUCCUCGGAGGACCCCGCGCUCCUGGGCAUCGUCUACGACUCGGUGGCGUUCCCGGAGCACGACGGGACCCCCGCGACCCCCGGGACCCCCUCGCUGCGGCUCACGGUGGGGACACCGGGGGGGGACAUCAGAGGGGGUGACAAGGGUGGUUUUGGGGGGCUGACGCUGUCCCCCAGCUGGGUGGGUGACAUUUUGGGGGUGGCUCUGGGGUGGGUGACACUCUGGGGGGCUCUCAGGGGCUCACCUAUGUCCCCCCCCCCUUUUUCCCAGGACUGCAUCCCCCAGUACACGCUGGGACACUGGGAGCGCCUAGAGCGCAUCCAGCGCUUCCUGAAGGAGCAGGAGCUGCCCCUGAGCCUGAUCGGCGCCUCCUACUCCGGGGUCUCCGUCAACGACUGCAUCGCCAGCGCCAAGGCGGCCGUGGGGAGGAUUUUGGGGUCCCUCCCCGAGGCCUGA